AACGAUCCUUCGUGUCUCCAUGUCUCGUCCGUGUCGGUCGGUGGAGCAGCAGGUUUUCCAUUAGUGAAUCAUGUGAGUCUCUGGGUUUCCUGCAGGAUUUCGGCUCCAUUAAUCCUUUCAUCAGUUAGAAACAUGAAGCGUCUGGUUCAUGUUUGAACUUUUCAUGACUUUUUAUGGAAUAAAUAAUAAACUGUUUGCUCUGCUAACCAAUCAGAAGCCAGGAUGUUCCCACCUGUAAACACGCAGCAGCUCCACCUGAAAUCAGAUGAAGUUUCUGUGCCUAGCAGGAAUAUUAUGGGAUGUCUGCUGAUUUCUGCCUGCUGAGGAAGAGGAGGAGAGCCUUCAUCCUGCCAGAUUAGGAAACCACGUGAGUCUGUUUCCCUCUGAGGCCAAAAUAACCCAGAUUUGAUUAAAGUCCUGCAAACGGGACAUGGAGACGCCACAGGGAAGUAAGUACACCCGUCCACCAGGCGGCGCUAAAUCUCUCAGUGACUAUAAAACGGAUCUGAUGCAUCCUGCAGGAGCAGAGCGUGAAAAAGUAAGUACACCCUCCAGCAGCAGGUGCAGGAGCGCUGAUCCAUUCAGGUUAUGCUCAGACUACCGGUCAGGCAGAGGCCUGGACUUUGACUAGGCCAUUGCAGCACCUUGAAUCUCUUUGUUUCUGUCGUUCAAAUCUGCUGCUGUUUGGACCCAGAUCUCAAACCAUCACACCUCCACUGCUGUGCUUCACAGCAGGUCUGCUGCAUCUUGAUUCCUCCAUCUUGGUUUCCUCCAUCUUGAUUCCUCCAUCUUGGUUUCCUCCAUCUUGAUUCCUCCAUCUUGGUUUCCUCCAUCUUGAUUCCUCCAUCUUGGUUUCCUCCAAUCUCAGUUUUCUUCACUAAACCUCAGAGAAACAUUUUCGGCCUUCUGUCGUUUGUCAGGUGUCAUCCGUCGGCCAUCUUUGUUCUCUGCCGCCAUGCCGACCACUGCUGUGGGCAGGAAAUUGGAUUUGUCCAAACUGACGGACGAAGAGGCCAGACAUGUGUGGGACGUCGUCCAGAGAGACUUUGACCUGCGGAGGAAGGAAGAGGACCGACUCGGCGAGCUGAAGAGUAAAAUAGAGAAAGAAGACAGCAAGCGGGAGCUGCUGGGGGUCCGGAGCAGCUUGGCCGAGUCCUACUGCAUCCGCUGCCUUCAGCCCUUCAGGUUCCUGCUCAACAUCAGGCGCCAGUGUUUGGACUGCCAGCUUUACGUCUGUCGCUCCUGCAGCCGCUUCAGCAGGAGGGAGCAGGGCUGGCUGUGUGAGCCCUGCCACCUGGCCAGGGUUCUGAAGAUCGGUACUUUGGAGUGGUACCAUGAGAACGUCCGGGCCCGAUUCAAGCGCUUCGGCAGCGCCAAGGUGAUGCGAUGUCUGUUUAAGAGGCUGAGCGGGGAACACAGCCGCUCCCAGAGCGACCCCAAAGAGCGUCCAGACUUUGACACCCGCAGUGAGCCGGAACGUCACAGUGGAUACGAGGAACUCAGUCUGGAGGCAGCAGACUCUCCAAACUUGCAGAUGAAGAAGGCCAAACGGAGGCUGACUGUUGAUCCCGUUGAUUUCGUUCUCGGCUUCGAUUACUCAGCAAACUCCAGACGUCAGGAGGAUCAGGGCGCCGGCGUUCAGGACGCGAUGGACCCGAUGCUCGCUGAGGCCGACCUGCAGGACGUUUUCCACCAGAACCUCCUGCAGGACAACCAGAGUCUGGACCUGGAGAUGCAUAAUCAGCACGAUGAGAUGGCGUACGCGGAGACCCGGACCGUCCCGUCCCGCUCCGUGUCCCGGCUCAGCUACUCGUCCUGCGGCAGCGGCAGCAUCGGCCUGCGGGGCGGCAGCAGCUUCCUGCCCAGCCUGGACGACUCCGAGGACGACCUUUGCCCCCGGGUCCCGGUGUACCGGUCCCAACCGGACCCGGGCAGCCACACGUCUCAGGAGAGCCUGUGCUCAGCCGGCGCGGCGCCGCAGAUCUGUGACCUGAACAAGCGAAUGUCGGCCAUUGAGACGCUGCUGAGCUGCUUGGAGGAAAAAGUGACGUCAGCUAACAGGAAGGACGUCCGAACCGCCCAGAGUCCGUCUCCUCCUCGUCUUCCUCAGUGGGAUGAAGAGGAACUGGAGGAGCGGCAGCUCCGGCUGAAGCUGCACCAGCUGACCCAGAGCCUGAGCUCUGAGGAGGACGAGGCGGGCGGGCCGAGCCGGAUCCCCACCGGAACCAGAACCAGGGCCAGGCUGGAGGAGGACCUGAAGGCCGACCGCCUCCAACUGAGCCCCGACACCCAGCAGCGCCCCCUGCUGGAGCCGCCCAGAACCGCCUCCGCCUGCAGAGGCUCCGCCUCCUUGAUCAGCUGGGGACAGAGGGCUCAGGCAGCCACGCCGACGUGCAGAGCGCCCAGAGCCAGGUCCGAACGGGUUUCCUACAUCGAGGACCGGAUCGCUGCACUGGAGCGGAGGUCCAACAGACCGCAGGAGGCUGUCAAGGUCACUGGAGGUCAUUAA